AUGGCAUGGACGCAUCACCUGCACCCCAAGUGUGAGAGGGUGAAGGCCACUGGUUGCCAGCUGCCUGAGGUCAGUCUAGUUUGGACAUGUUUGUACAGAAUUCAUCGGCAUCACAUCCGUCACCACGAAUCGGUGGAGCCGAAAUUGGGUCAGCGGUGCGGAAGCACUACUUGCUCUUUGGAUCCUUUUGUGUACUCUGUUGUUGCCAUGUGUUGCCAUCAGGAGGACAUGUGGGGAGAACCUACUCCUUGGUACUGGCUUGAGCGAGGAUUUGGCUGGUCAGAGACUUCAGCACCACGGUUUUUCAGCAGUUGUCAAGCCAUCAAAGACUGGACCGAUGAGGACAAGGCUUGGGAAAGCACUGAAUGA